ACUUGCGGGCAGACUGCUAUUGACUUGUUAUUGUUUUAGUAAACUUCGGGUAAUGUUUUUGUUUUGAUUGUUAUUUGCAAUGGAACGCCGCAAUAAUAAUCCGGGCGCUGUGCAAUAUGGCAAUUUCAUGAAUUACUAUCAAUUCAAUUCAGCCGUCGAACGUGUGAAACUGCUGCCAUCAAAAGAUAUUUGGCAGCCCAAACAAAACGACACGAGGACAGAAAAUGAGCCCUACUUGGUGCUCGAUGUGGGCUGCAAUUGUGGCGUUUUUACACAGCUGUUGCAGCAGUUCCUUGAGGAACAGUUACAGCGACCAGUGCAUGUGCUUGGGGUGGACAUUGACGAACGGCUCAUCGAACGAGCGAAAUCGGAAAACACGUGUCUCGACAAGAUCAGCUAUUUUACCGCCGAUGUGCUCAAUGAGGAGCAAUUUGAUUCACCUGUGCAGACUUAUUUAGAGCAGCAUCAUCGGCAGAAGUUCGAUGCCAUCUGCUGCUACUCCAUUACCAUGUGGAUUCAUCUGAAUCAUCACGACAACGGCCUGCAAUUUUUUCUACGCAAACUGUCCCAAAUGGCAGAGCUGUUUGUGGUGGAGCCGCAGCCGUGGAAAUGCUACCAGACGGCUGAACGGCGUCUGAAGAAAACCGGCGAGGUUUUCCCGCUAUUCCGGGAACUAAAGUGGCGCUCUGAUGUGGAACAACAGAUUCAGAAAUAUCUUGAACAAGAGCUAUGCCGCCAGAGCGUUUACGAAUCGACGCCCACCAAGUGGCAGAGAAGGAUUUGUUUUUUCAGAUGAGAUUGAUCAUAGUACAAUAUGUUAACUAGAAUUUAAAAAUAAAAAAUAUUUCUAACUUAUGUUGUGCGCUUUUCGAAUUAUGUUGCAAAAGUAAAUAACAAUCUGUUAUCGCCCGACCGCCACGUAAAAAUGCGGCUAUUAAAAUACCAGACAACACGUUUUUGGUAUAUUCAAUAUUUAAUUGGAAAUUGCAAAAAAAAAUUGUUUUUAAACACGUUUUGCAAAUUUAUCGAAGUGUAACCAGAUGGUAAAUUAUCGAUGCUUCCUUAUUUUGGUAUAUCUCAUCGGCACUAAAACGUUUAUUAGCAGUUUUGUUGGCGGUCACACACCGACAUAGUUUUGCAAUAUGUUGGCGCAGGUUCAGCGAAAACCAACGCGUCUCAACAACUUCUAAGCGAAAAUAACAAUACAAAAAAAAAGAAAUAUGCAUUUUAUUAAAAACAUUAAAAUAAUAAUAAACUAAGAACAUAAAAAAGUAAAGAAAACUCUCUAAAAAAAGAAACACAAUGUGAGCAUGUGUAAUGUGAAAAUUUAGCAGUUAAGCGCGAAUUGUAUGUAUUAUUUAAAUUUUCGUUCAAUAAGUUUAAAUCAAAAGAAACAAAAAAAUCAAACAAAAAAAAAGAAAAACGAAACGCAAAAAAAAAAUAUUGAAAAAAAACUGUUAAAUAGUAAGCAACCCAAAAAAUAAAAACAAAACGCAAUUCGAAACGAAAACAAAAACAAACAAAAAAUCAGCGAGCAGUCGUCGAAGAGAGCAGCACAGCAACAACAUCAGAAGCAGCAGCAGGACCAAAAGCAACGCAGGCGAGAGCGAGAGAGCAACACACAGUCGAACAUUGUUGUUGUUCUCCUUUGGUGCUAUUGAGAACGUGUGCAUGUGUGUGUGAAGGCGAAAAAGAAAAA